UUAUGUUAUGUUUAUUAUUAUUUUGAAAAUACAAUUCAAAAUACAUUUACAUUUAAAUUAUAUUAAUAUGACAUACAUUUGAUGACAAUUAUGUGUUAAUUAGAGUAAUAAUAUAAUAGACUGUAAUAUACUGUAAAUAUAUUAAUAUUUAAUAUGAAAUUCAUUGCCAUUUAUAUGUAAUUUUGAUAUAUUGUGUUGUUGUCGACCAAAACCAGACUAUUUUAGUCUCUUAUUGUGGUAACUAUGAGACGACGCUAUAGACGAUGACACCAAACAUACAUCACUACCGACUGGUACUGUUGGUAAUGUUUUCGGCGACUUUGGCCACCAUUUUGGUGUUGAACGGCUUUAUGGGAUAUUCUGUGGUCGCCGACCAUUCGCUAGCAAAAGAUGUUUGUCAUAACCGGCAGUCCGUCGAUGACAACCAAGACAUUGAUUAUAUCGUUAAAGAGACGUACAGUUCAAGUGGUUGGUCAGGAAUGGACAGUCGAUACAGAUUUGCCAACAUAUCGGACAAUGUGUUCAUAUACUCGGCUUUCGAGACCAACGAUAACUUUGUGGUCUUAAUUGGUUUGGCGAAGAAUGAAUGGGUUAAUGAAGAGUUCAAUUAUUAUCAUUACAAUUAUAGCUAUCGCAGUGAAAAUUAUCGAUAUCUGUGCGGCUUUAAUGGUCUCUCAGUGGUCAACAGCGAAGCGGUCAUAGAAUAUAUAAAAGAAAGCCACGGAUACUAUUAUUCUGCCGUCAAAAUCAAGUGCCGAAAACCGAAACUUUACGAUCAAAAAUGGCCGAUCAAUAAAGUAAAAGUCAUUGAAACGGAUUACAAGACAAGAAUCAAAACAUUUGAAUCUGAAUUCAUCGAAAUACUUAAAACUGAUAACAAAUCUCAAGUCACUGCCGAUGCCAUUGGCGACCAAAAAGUGGUGGUUUGUGUGCGACCACUGUUCGGUAAUGUAUCGCUCAUCAGAUUGCUUGAGUUCAUUGCCUACUAUCGGCUGAACUCAAUCGACAAAAUAGUCUUUUAUCACUCAUUUGAUGAAACAAUGAUCUCAGACGUCAGGCAAACAUUACAGGUGUUGUCUUCAAUGCCAUUCGUGAAUCUGAUGCCAUUAGUUAUACCGCAAAAUAAUUAUAAACGAAAAAUAAUUCACGAAUGGGGACAGUUGACUGCCAAUCAUGACUGUCUCUAUCGAUUUGCUAAUUAUAUACAGAUUCACGUAGACUUCGAUGAAUAUCUAAAGCCAAACGACAGGUUCAAUACAGUCAAAGAGUUUCUAUUAUCUCCUGAGGUUAGCAUCUGGUCAGCACUGGUAGUGCCAAGUGUUAUAUUUUGUCACGAAUUUAAUCAUUUUGUGGACAACACGUCCUCUCCAUUACUUAUCAAUUACUAUAACCGUCAGAAGACUGUUUGGCCACACGAGUUGCGGUCCAAAGUGAUUGUCAUGAGAGCCAAAUUUGUCGCUCAAUUGGGUAUUCAUAAUAUUUGGCGAUUGUUUAAUAGUCACAGUAGAUCUCAUCCCAUAAAAUAUUUAGAUCCCAAUCAAAUGGUUGUCCACCACUACCGGAAAUGUUGUUAUUUAAUACAACCUUAUUUUAAGACAUUUUUUCCAAAUUAUCUCUAUUUUAAUACAGCUAAUGAUUAUAUUGUUAGAGAUAAAAGUUAA